AUGAAGGAAUUGUGGGAUAUAUUUAUCCAAGGAGAAAAGAGAUCAAAGGAGGUGGAAGCGGAGUUGGCAACAUACGUAGAGAAAUUAGAUAAUGAAGAAUAUGUGACUGCCACCAUGACAGUGGAAUCUACAGUUCAACUUCAGGAAAUACAAAAUCUGAAAAGGAGGAUUGCAGAAUUGGAAGGCAAGGAAACUCGUAUUGACAUGGAGAAGAUUGCCAAGAAAAAGGAGAUUGAAAAAAAGUACAAGCAAGAAGAAGAAGAAGAGAAAAAAGAAGACAAGAAAGAAGAAGAGAAGCAAAAAGAAGAGAAGAAGCAAGAUGCUCCAACACCUGAUGUUCCUUCAAGAUGUGUUAUCUGCAUUACAGAAACGGAAACUGCAUUGCAGUUUCUAUUUUAUCAAAUGGAGUUAACACAAGAGGCAUCUCAGCCCAAUGCCACAAAUCCAAUUCUUGAUCCCCCAAAAGGAAUGAGCCUUCAUGAUUCAAUACCUAUAGGUAUGCAAGAAUCAAAUGAUGAAGAUGAAGGACAAAAACAGCCAACAAAGAAAAUACUAGGAUGGGGUCAAAAGAAGGUUUGGCAGAAAAUUCCAAAGGAAGACAGGGACAGAAUUCAAGAAUACUACUUAAGUACUCAACCUCGUGAUAACUUUUGGGUAGGACUCCAUAAUGAGAAAGUGACAAACCAUGAUAUCAAAGAUAUUGUAUGGGACCUGGAACUGUCACAAACGGUUGGAUUGAGGCAUGUUCGUCAUGUUCUACAUGGAUAA